UUUUUAAAUGAGUUUUUUCAAAAGCUUCUUAACCAACAAGAGUCAGGAAUUCCCUCUUGAUAGUAGAGUAACAGUGAUUUCUAGGGAGACCUUAGAAACCAAUCCUCGCAUGAGGAGCAACAGCUCUUAUAAUCUAGAAGACCUGACAUCAACUAAAAGAAAUACUACUAAGGAGAAGAUCAAGUAUUUGAACCUGGUUAAUCAGGAGCUCAAUUCUGAAAACGAGAAGUUAAAAUAGUAAAAUGGGUGAUCUCAAGAUCACUGUUUCCACCAACAAGCAACUUUUAGAGGACUUUUGAGAAACCAACUCCAAGCUUGAAAGACAGAUUAAAAUUUAUGUUGCACAGAUAAGUCUCUUAACAGAGAAAUUGCGUGAAAAUAAUAUUGAUUUUGAUGAACAUCUCGAUCUUAAGCUUGAUGCUAAGAAAUUAAUAAGGAGCAAUACUCCUUCUGCAGAAGCUCCCUCAAGUACUUUGACAACAGAAAGAAUUACUAAAAAUAUUGUUAAUGAUAAGCUAAGUUCAAAAUCAGGUGAUCAUCCAGGUAAAUAGACAGGGCAAAAGGAGAUUCAAGAAAGUUGUAAAACGGAGGCUUAAAAGUGGGUCUUCUGCUAGCUCUAAUAGUAGUAAUAUGAUUAAAUCAUACCGUACUGCUAAGGCGACAAAGCAAGAACUUCAUACAACUUCAAUCACUCCGAAAAAGCCUGCACUUGAGUUGGAGAAGUGAGGACUAUCGGAAGAAAACAAAUUCGAUGAGACUGAAGAGCCUGUUUCCUUCAGGGACAACAAUAUCUGUGAUCAAGAGAAUAACCUUGAUUGUGAUAGUGAUUUUGAUUAUCAUAACCUAGAGAAUAAAUUCCGAAUGAGAGCUAUCGGAGUAAAAGAUUAUGAUAACCCUAUUAAGAUUGAGAUGAAAAAGCUAUCAAAGGCAUAUAAUACUAAAGAAAUCAUGAAGAUGUUCGAGCACAUCGAAAGAGAGCUUCUUUACAAUUGAAAAGAUCAAAAAGAGAAAUUUAUAUAUCUCGAAGAUGAGGAGGCCAGAAUUUGGGAAAUACGGAAAAAUGAAGUCAUUAGUCCUAGAUCUCUUAAAGACUUACAUUCUUUAAAGACCUUAGAUUCACCACUGUCCAUUGAAAAUGAGAGAUUUGAGUUUAGUCCAAGUUUGAAAAACAAGACUACAGUGCAUGAUUUCUCAAAGCUCCGGAUAGACAUCUCUCCUGAAAAUAAUAAUCUUGAAGAUGUAGAGGCUCACUCUGAGGACAAGUCCUUGGAGAUCGACUAUGAAUCGAUCAAAAGCUGAUCAAUAAAUUCAAAAUGCUCACCUUCAAACCAAGUGGAGAUUAAUUUGUUUGAGCUCUACUAAAUAUACCUUUUCAUGACAGCUUAUAGGCUUCGUUCAAUAUAA